AUGAGGACGCGCCACAUCGGUACUUGCCUGUUCGUGAUGGCGGGCAUCCUGGCGAUGGGCGAGGGGCAGGACGCUGCCGAGGUGGCCGGGAUCGGCCGAACCCUCUCGGCCUCGAAGUGGCGAACGGGGGCCGAGGAGGAUGAGGUGCGGACGUUCCUGCUGGGCAACACUCUCUUCACGCUCUACCACGAGCUUGCGCACGCCCUGGUGAGCGACCUGUACCUCCCAGUGGUGGGCAAGGAGGAGGACGCCGCGGACGGCUUCGCCGCGGUGAUGAUGAUCCCCAGGGACGGCCAGCCGCUGCAGGCCAACCUGAUCAAGGCCGCCGCACGUGGAUGGUCCCUGGCGGGACGCGAGGACGCGGAGGACGGCGAGGACCUGGCCUUCUGGGGGCUGCACAGCCUCGACGAGCAGCGGCACUUCGCGCUGGUCUGCUACCUGGCCGGCAGCGACCCGAAGCGGUUCAACCGCUACGCGCUGGACUCGGGCAUGCCCAAGUCCAGGGUGAAGAUGUGCAGGGGGGAUUACCUGAUGAUGCUGGACGGCUGGAUGCGCCUGCUGGACACGCACUUCCUGGAGAAGCCCUCCAACGUGUCGGGGUCGAUAAGCGUGGCGUAUGCCGAGCCCAGGGGGGAGGUGGAGGCGGCGGUGCGGGACCUCGUGAAGGCCAGCGGGCUGAUGGAGUACGCGGCGGUGGCCGUGGAGCACAUGGUGGACCUGCCCCGGGACAUCGAGAUAGAUUUCAAGCACUGCACCAUGCCUUGGAAUGCGGCGUAUUGGGACCCAUUCAAAGCCAGGGUGGUAAUUUGUUAUCAUUUCAUUGAGGAGUUUCGCGGGCUCAUCAGGGAGGACAUGGUAGAGCGCAGCUUACCCCAGCUGGAAUGA